AUGCGUACCCGCCCCUUUGCCUUGCUGGCUUCAAUCUUGAAGCUAGUCGCCCUGGUGUCGUCCGCUCCAACAUCAACGGGGAGCUUGAAGGCGGUCACUAUGAAUGUCGCAGGCCUUCCUGCUAUCUUCAACAACAACGGAGAUGGAGACAAAAAGGAGAAUUCGAUCACCAUUGGCAAGAAGUUCGCACAAUACAACUUCGACUUGAUCAAUGUGCAAGAAGACUUCAACUAUCACGCCUACAUCUACGACCACGACGAUCAUCCGUACCGCACCCCCACCUCCGGCGGCGUUCCCUUCGGUUCUGGGCUCAACACCUUGAGCACAAUCCCCUUUAGGGACCUUCUCCGUGUCAAGUGGAGCAAAUGUGACCUCAGCCAAGGCGACUGCCUCACACCCAAGGGCUAUACUGCCGUCACACUGGAAUUGCCGUCAGGAGGCGAGGUGGAUGUGUACAAUCUGCACAUGGAUGCCGGCGACCACAGCGGCGAUUCCAGUGCUCGCAAAUCCAACUUCGAUCAGCUCGCCAAAGCCAUCGCCGACCGAUCGGACCCAGCCGGAAGAGCAGUGAUCGUAAUGGGCGAUACCAACAGCCGUUAUACACGUCCUCUAGACAAUCUAUCACAGUUUCUCUCUCAGACCAAGCUGAUCGAUACUUGGGUCGAACUGGUAAGGGACGGUAAAGCUCCUGCUUCCACAGACCCUGCUCUGUUAUGUGCUGACCCCAUUCCGACAACGACCAACUGCGAAGUGGUGGAUAAAGUGUUCUACAGGAAUGGCAAAAGCGUCACAUUGCGACCUAGCGACUGGCAGUACCUGGCUGAAGAGUUCGUCGAUAGUUCGGGCAAGCCUCUAUCUGAUCACGCGCCUAUCUCGGUCAAUUUUACUUAUAUCACUGCUUGA